GUUUGAAAAUGUUAUAUAAAAAAGUCAAUAUCACUGUCAUCGUCAAAGUCCUCAAUAUUUGUAUUUAUUCUUAGCUGUGGAAAAACUUGUUUGUAGGAAACAAGUAAAAACUUCUUGUUUAAUCUGUUUUCUAAUAAACACCACUUCUUAAAAUGUGACAUUUAUUACAAAGGAGGCGUUUAUUAGGGGACAGCAUUUAUUACCAAUGUUUGGCUAAAAGUGCAGUGUUUAAUACAGGGCAGCAUUUAACAGAGGGAGACGUUCAUUACAGAAAAUAUGUUAGUGUGUUUUUACCUCAAAUUCUGUUUAAACCAAUUUGAACUGUUUAUUCUUGUUUGUUAGAAAUUGCGACCAUUUUAUGGUCCAACAAUAUCUUAUAUUAUAUACUAUAUAUAGUUCAACGAAGUAUGAAAAUAAAUAUCUUGCUGAUAACAGAACUGCUACAGUAUCACAUUCUUUCCUACUUGAGCUUAUCUGAACUUUGUUUGUUGCGACGAGUGUCAAAGUACUUUAAUGAAGAAGUAAUUAUUUAUUUCUCUAACUUAAAAACCCUGGAUAUUACUGGCUACAAAAACAUUUUAACCGAAGAAGGAUUUGGGUAUAUGGUCAUCCAUUUUAAACAAUUGUUAGAAGUAUACCUAACAAGCUGUUGGAAAUGUGCUUCUGCCAUAAACGUGCGAGUGAUCAUAAAUAGAUGUCCCAACUUGAAAGUUUUUGUUGCUGAUCAUUGUGGUUAUAUCGAUGAUAAUAUUUUAAAAGAACUGGGUAGAAGAUGCAAGAGUAUUAAUCACCUGGACAUAAGUUACUGUUUCAAUGUAACUGAUAAAGGUGUAUCAGCAAUAGCAAAGUGUUGUUGUGACCUUGAUGUCUUGCACAUUAGCUCCAACUAUGGAAUAACUGAAAAAUCAAUUAGGUCAAUUGCAAAAAACUGUAAAAAGCUUACGAAACUGGAUGUUGCAUUUUGCAUGAUACGGAGUGAGGCCUUUCAACACUAUCUAAACAAAAAGACUUCUUUAAAAGAAAUACGAGUCACAAAAUGCCCGAAUAUAUCAGAAGGUAUCAUUGAAAAGUUGGUGCAUCAAGUACAGCAAAUCAGAUGGUUAGUUUGCAUCAUCAGCAUUUGCAAAAACAAAACAGGAUGGAUCAUUUGUGACAUAUUUUUGGUAGCCUUCGAAUUGUCUUUUUAUUUUACUAAAAUGUCAAUCUUACUGUCUAAUAAAGAAUUUUUAAUGCUAAUUGUAGUUUUGAUUUCAGUCCGUUAGUUUUUAUGAUAUUAUUUUUCUGAACAUAAAUUUUCACAUUUUAGUUGAAUCACAUUUUAUAGUCAAAGCGUUUUCUUUUGUUACUUUAAUGGGAGAAAUUUUCAUGAGACAAAUUUUCGCGAGGUCAAAAAUUGGUCGUUUUUUAGGAUUUUCGAAAUUCGCGAAAAUUUUUCUCGCGAAAAUUUCUCCCAUUAAAGUAAAUAUUAUUUUAAAUAGAGUUUUUAUUAAAAUAUAGGUUUUAUCAGAGACUCAUGGAGAAAUUACAUAUUUUACAGCUAUUGUCGUAGUGUUGGUUUGUAUGUGAUUUUAAAAUGUGUGAUAUUUUGGGAUUCUAUUAAAUGGCUAAUACACUGAUUUUUUAACGUA